UGCUGCCGGGUCUUCCAAGAGGAUACUGGAAAUUUUAGUUUCCGCGGGCCGGAGGUACGGAACGAACGAUUUGACAACCGACGCGGUCAGCUGCUGCCCGCCCGCCACAUUUCACCGUUCAAAUUGACGCGAGCCGCCGCGGGCGCCAUCUACGCCCCGGCGCACCGACGGGACGAGCUCUCCGUCGGUAACAGCGCCCACGUUACGUACCGACCGCGUCGCCCCGCUGAGAGAGCAGCGGCCGCGUCCUCUAUCGUUUCCGGCCGCACGACUUCUUCUCGCGUGGUCUCUCGGUUUCUUUUCCGGUUUGUCAAAAUGGGUAUCGACAUAAACCAUAAGCACGAUCGGAAGGUUCGGAGGACCGAGCCAAAGUCCCAAGAUGUCUAUUUACGACUACUUGUAAAGCUGUACCGGUUCUUGGCGAGAAGAACAAAUUCGAAGUUCAACAAAAUAAUCCUUAAACGCUUGUUUAUGAGUAAGAUACAUCGACCACCGAUCUCGUUGGCGCGCGUGGUCCGUUUUAUGAAGAAACCUGGGAGGGCGAGUUGCAUCGCCGUAAUUGUCGGCACCGUCACUGACGAUGCCAGGAUCUUCGAGAUCCCAAAAUUGACGGUGUGCGCUUUACGCGUAACCGAGAAGGCCAGGGCACGCAUCUUGAAGGCCGGCGGCGAGAUUAUCACAUUCGAUCAGCUGGCGUUGCGCGCCCCGACCGGAAAGCGUACGGUCCUGAUGCAAGGACCGCGCAACGCUCGCGAGAGCGUCAAGCACUUCGGCCUGGCGCCCGGCGUGCCCCACUCGCACUCGAAGCCAUAUGUCAGGUCGAAAGGCCGAAAGUUUGAGCGGGCCAGAGGCCGUAGGCGCAGCUGCGGUUAUAAAAAAUAAGUUUGAUACAACGCGCAUCCGACGGAUUGUCCCGUCGGGUGUAAUCCUUUUUUUCUCAUUUGGUUAAGUGAAAAAUAAACUAGCUUCACCACAA